CUUUUCCGGAUAUUCCUUGAGACGUUUCGUCACCUUCUUUUUCUCUAUAAAUUGCAUCCCAAGAAAACUAAACUCAUACAUUGUCCUUCCAAUUCUAUGAUUUCUAAAGCAAAGAUGAAAAGUAGCGCAUCAAUGUUGUUCAGGCUUCUGGUGGUGUUGCAAUGUGUAACAGUUUUUUGUCUUGCCCGAGAUGAUGACUUUGAUUUCUUCUAUCUUGUUCAACAGUGGCCAGCAUCUUAUUGCGACACAAAACGUAGUUGCUGCUAUCCAACAACUGGAAAACCUGCCGAAGAUUUCAGCAUUCAUGGGCUCUGGCCUAAUCGCAACGAUGGCUCCUGGCCAUCUAAUUGUGACGAUGAUGCUUCUUUCGAUGAAUCCGAGGUAUCAGACUUAAUCAACAGAAUGCAGAAAGAUUGGCCAUCACUUGCUUGCCCGAGCAGCGAUGGAGUGAGGUUUUGGACUCACGAGUGGGAAAAGCACGGAACUUGUUCCCUACUGAAUGAGCGCCAAUACUUCCAAACUGCUCUUGACUUGAAGGCAAAGUCAAACCUUCUCCAAGUUCUCAAGGAUGCAGGAAUUACACCAGGGAAAUUUUACACGGUCGAAAGGAUCAAAGAUGCCAUUAAAGAAGGUGUAGGUUACACUCCGUUCGUCGAGUGCAACGUCGACCAAUCCCGGAAUUCUCAGCUCUACCAAGUUUACUUAUGCGUUGACUCUUCCGCUUCCGACUUCAUCGAAUGUCCAGUUUUCCCACAUGGCAGAUGCGGCAGUAGAAUAGAGUUCCCUUCCUUCAGCUCCUCCACAUCAGAAAACGAAUCACGCGAUGUACUUUGAUUUUGCACAUUUGGGAUUAAGUAUGAUAUGUUGAUGUAACAUCUUUCACAUCAGAAUAAAUGUUGCCUUCGUUUGAUUUUUUUUUUUUUAAGUCUAUAUUACAUCGUGUUCCAACCAUAUAUAGUUGAACUCGCAUUAAUUUAUUUCUUUUUAUCUUUUCUUCUUCUCUUUUAAUAAUAAAAGGAAC